CGGUCCGGGGGGCAGGGCCAAGGCCGGGGCCGGGGGGGGUCUCCCCCCCGGACCCUGCAAGAGAAGAUGUCUUCGCGGACCGCGCUGGCUCCGGGCAACGACCGGAAUCCCGACUCGCAUGGAACCCUGAGCAGCGGUAGGUCCUCGGACAAGGGUCCCUCAUGGUCAAGUCGCUCACUGGGUGCUCGUUGCCGGAACUCCAUUGCCUCAUGCCCGGAGGAGCAGCCCCAUGUCGGUAACUACCGACUCCUGCGGACAAUCGGGAAGGGGAAUUUCGCCAAGGUCAAACUGGCCCGGCACAUCCUCACUGGGCGAGAGGUUGCCAUCAAGAUAAUCGACAAAACCCAGCUCAACCCCAGCAGCUUGCAAAAGCUCUUCCGAGAAGUCCGAAUCAUGAAAGGCUUAAAUCACCCCAACAUCGUGAAACUGUUCGAAGUCAUUGAGACGGAGAAAACCCUGUACCUGGUCAUGGAGUAUGCCAGUGCUGGGGAGGUGUUUGACUACCUCGUGUCCCAUGGCCGCAUGAAGGAGAAAGAGGCAAGAGCCAAGUUUCGGCAGAUCGUCUCUGCUGUACAUUACUGUCACCAGAAAAACAUCGUACACCGGGAUCUGAAGGCAGAGAACCUGCUGCUGGAUGCAGAGGCCAACAUCAAAAUCGCCGACUUUGGCUUCAGUAAUGAGUUCACGCUGGGCUCGAAACUGGACACCUUCUGUGGAAGCCCUCCCUAUGCAGCCCCGGAGUUAUUCCAGGGCAAGAAGUAUGAUGGGCCCGAGGUGGACAUCUGGAGCCUGGGGGUCAUUCUCUACACACUGGUCAGCGGCUCCUUGCCCUUUGAUGGCCAUAACCUUAAGGAGCUUAGAGAGCGGGUCCUGAGGGGCAAGUACCGGGUCCCCUUCUAUAUGUCCACGGACUGUGAGAGCAUCCUCCGAAGGUUUCUGGUACUAAACCCAGCCAAGCGAUGUACUCUUGAGCAAAUCAUGAAGGACAAGUGGAUCAACAUUGGUUAUGAGGGAGAAGAGCUGAAGCCAUACACUGAGCCUGAGGAGGACUUUGGAGACCCCAAGCGCAUUGAGGUGAUGGUGAGCAUGGGCUAUACUCGGGAAGAGAUUAAAGAGGCCUUGACGAGCCAGAAGUACAAUGAGGUCACAGCCACCUACCUCCUGCUGGGCAGGAAGAGUGAGGAGGGUGGGGAUAGGGGCGCCCCUGGGCUGGCUCUGGCUCGAGUUCGAGCACCCAGUGAGGCAGCCAAUGGCCCCAGCAAAAGCUCCAGCUCCAGCCAGAGCAAAGGCCAGAGGAGUUCUUCAUCCACCUAUCACCGGCAGCGCCGGCAUAGCGACUUCUGUGGCCCCUCCCCAGCACCCCUGCACCCCAAACGUAGCCCCACGAGCACGGGAGAGACAGAGCUGAAGGAAGAGAGGCUACCAAGCCGCAAGACCAGCUGCAGCACGGCUGGGGGUGGGAGUCGAGGCCUGCCCCCGGCCAGCCCCAUGGUCAGCAGUGCCCACAACCCCAACAAGGCUGAGAUCCCAGAGCGGCGCAAAGAUAGUUCAGGCACACCUAAUAACCUCCCCCCAAGUGUGAUGACACGCCGGAACACAUAUGUGUGUACAGAGCGCCCGGGGUCUGAGCGCCAUUCUCUGCUGCCUAACGGGAAAGAGAACAGCUCUGGCCCUCCUCGAGUUCCCCCAGCUUCCCCCUCGAGCCAUAGCUUGGCACCCCCGGGGGGUGAGAGAAGCCGUCUGGCCCGGGGCUCCACCAUCCGAAGUACCUUCCAUGGUGGGCAGGUGCGGGACCGACGGGCAGGGGGGGGAAGUGGGGUCCAGAAUGGGCCACCUGCCUCACCCACCCUGGCCCAUGAGGCCACGCCUCUGCCCACUGGGCGUCCUCGACCCACGGCCAACCUCUUCAGCAAGCUCACCUCCAAACUGACCCGCAGGGUCGCAGACCAACCUGAGAGAAUCGGGGGACCUGAGGUCACAGGUCGCCAUCUACCUUGGGAUCAAGAGGAAGCCGCCCCCCGGCUGCUCCGAUUCCCCUGGAGUGUGAAGCUGACCAGCUCCCGCCCACCAGAGGCCCUCAUGGCAGCCCUUCGCCAGGCUACAGCUGCUGCCCGAUGCCGCUGCCGCCAGCCCCAGCCCUUCCUGCUGGCCUGCCUUCACGGUGGGGCCGGCGGGCCCGAGCCCCUGUCCCACUUCGAGGUGGAGGUGUGUCAGCUGCCUCGGCCGGGCCUCCGGGGUGUCCUCUUCCGCCGGGUGGCAGGCACUGCCCUGGCCUUCCGCACGCUGGUCACCCGCAUCUCCAAUGAUCUGGAGCUCUAAGACUGGCAGUGCCCCCCUCCACCAGAGACUUUGAGGGGGUAGGGGAAGGGGAGCCCCCGUGCCCCACUGCACAGCUCGGCUCCCCCUCAUCCUCCUUCCACUCCACUCACGCUGGGAUUGGGGAGGGCAUGACCACCAUAGUUACUCUAGUCUUUUCGAGCUGGAAGAAGCUUUAGAGACCAUCAAGUCCCACCCUUCCUAUUUUACAGAGAGGGAAACUGAGUUUCAGGGAGGAGAAGGGACUUGCCCAAGGUCAGCUAGUUGGGGAGCCUUAGAACCCAGCUUUCCUACCUCCCUGUUCCUUCUCUUGCACCAAAGCCCAGACCCACUCCUGCCCCACCCAACCCUUCCAUUUCUGUGGAAUGAGGCAUUGAAGCAGAGGUGGGGCCAGUCGGACAUGUCCUUGGGGGAAGUCAGGCACCUGUCCGGCACAAUGGCCUGGGAGGCAGGAGCCCUAGGUUAUCCUUCCCGAUUCUCACUCUUUUGACCUUGGACAAAUCACUGUAGGCUUCAGUUUCCCUCUUCUGACAAAGGAGGGAGUUAGACUAGCUUGGUCUCUAGGGUAUCUCCUAGCUCUAUCCCCAAUUUUUUUGGGGGGAGGCAGCUGGAGGGAACCUUGUAGAACCUAGAUUCCCUACUCUUUCUAGGAUGUGUUGCCAGACACUUUGCAGGGUGGGGCAGGGGAGCAGGUAGAAAGAGGGACAGGGAUCCUGUCUGCCCCCACCUCCUACCCCAUUCUCCAAGAAGACCUGCCAUGAGACUGAACUUUGGACUGGGUGGCAAAUUGGCUGUGAAAGCCAGGUACAGCAUCCCAGGAGGAGCUUGGCUAUAGGGGAAGGCCCCCCUACCCCCAGCCCGAGGGCUUUCCUUUCUCUUUCUUUCCCUCUAAAAACCACCUCAGGUGCCCAAAACUGAUUUGGAUUGGACUCUCCAUGGGGCGAAGUUCUCAAAUUCUCCCCCUUCCGUUACCUGGUGUGAGAGGUUUGGGGAGAGGGGAGACUGAAGAGGGGGGCUGGGAGGACUGGGGGCCUCCUCUCCUUCUGUCCUCCCUCCCCCUGCUUCCACCCACCAAUCAGACACCUUCUCCCUUCCUCUUUUCCCUGGCACUUUGUACAAAUCCUUGUAAAUAUAUCCUCCCUUCUGCCUCCCAACCUCCCCUCAUCCUGUCCGCCAAGGGAGCUGCCUCCAGUUUUUAAGUUAUUAUGCCCCUGGUUCCCCCAGUCCGGCCCUGGCCCCUGCCACCUGUUACCAAUAAAAUUAGGAGAUUCCCCUUGC